CCAAAGAAGAAGAAGUAAACACUCGCACAACAGCAUUGUUGUUACUUAUUGAGAAAACGCACGGAUUAACGCUUACAAAUAUCCAUUAUAGACAUUUUGAUUUAUUUUUGGUGCGAAUUUAGGUUGUAAAAUGACUUGCGUACCGCCAUUGAGGUUCUAUAAAGACUUACCCGUGUGGAUUGUGGAGGACCACCACAAUGUGGUUUGUCAUAUCUACCGCGCCAUUGCGUCGAGACAUCUCCCUAUGAAGAACAUUAAGCUCGUUCAUUUGGACUCCCACCCAGAUCUGUUGAUCCCUGUCAACAUGUGUGCUGACACCGUAUUCCAGAAGGACAAGUUGUUAAGUGAGCUGAGUAUAGAGAACUGGAUUAUGCCCAUGGUUUAUGCGGGCCAUGUGUCGGGGGUGGCAUGGCUGCAUCCUUACUGGGCUCAGCAAAUAAUGGAAGGGGACCACACGAUGACCGUGGGCAAGGAUUUAUCCACCACCACCAUCAGAGUGACAAGCAGAGAUCAUUACUUCCUCAGCGACGGCUUGUAUGUUCCGGAGGACCAACUCCAGAACUCCAAACCUCUCCGCUUAAAUGUGAUCAGAGUCAAUCCGGUCCAUGGUCAGCAGUCUUCACCAGAAAAGAAAUGCGAGGAGGACCCGGAGACGUGUCUCGCCAAGAGACCCAGAAGAGAGGGCUCAAGUCUCGGGGAGGCCGGCUGCUCGAGAAGAGCAGAGGUGCAGGUCAGCCAUGACGCCACGAGAAGCCAUCGCGGUGGUGGAGAUGAAGAAGGAUCCACCAGUUACGUCGUGAAGGGGAUAUCAACAUUGCUGAGUCAGACAGAGCCGUACAUCCUGGAUAUCGAUUUGGAUUUUUUUUCCUGUAAAAAUCCAUUCAAGGAACUGUACACUCAGGAAGAAUACGUCAUCCUUCAGGAACUCUAUAGCUUCAGAGGACCCGGUGCUAAUGCUAACGAGGAGGAGCUUGGCGAGUGUGUGGACCAGCGGACCCGUCAGUUGGAGGACUUGGAAGCAGCCUUCGCUGAUCUCCUGGAAGACGACACAGAAGAGAUUGUUGCUCAGUGGGUCAGCAAACUUGGAAAGGCUUGUUUUGCCCACCUGGUCUCCAGUUUGAAGUCGAGAAAUCCUCAGCCGGACUACGAAAUGGUACAUCAGGCCGGUUUAACCUGCGACUCGUCUGAGUUGCCUCAUCAUAUCAGCUCCGAUGACGAGAUCGACCGGCUUGUGUCAGCCGUGCAACUGUUCCUGGCGCACCUGCCCAAGCCCACUCUGGUGACCAUGUCCAGAUCCAGUUUGGAUGAGUACUGCCCCGCAGAACAAGUGGACUCAGUUCAAGGCAGAGUACUGGCUGUACUUGAGAACCAAUAUGGAGCAUUGGACAUACAAAAGGACUAUGACAAUGCUAACACAGAACUCCCUGCUUUUCAGAGUCCGGUACAAUGAGCCUGACAAUAUCAUUGCUGAAAGUUUGCCUCCAUCUUGUGAACAGUGUGAGUAAUUAAGAUUAUUGAGCGUGAAUUGCAGCUUGAAGUGUUUUUGACAUGUGACCCAAUCCAAACAACCUUCCCUAGUCAUAGCGCAACAACAAAACAUUACAUUUUAAAUAUCUGACAAUGAACAAUGUGAGUAAUGCAGGUUAUUUACCAUGAAUUGCACUUUGAGGUGUACACAGCCCAGCAUUUUUUUUUUACAUUUCGCCCUCUCCAAACAACCUACCCUAGUCAUGGCGCAACAACAACAAAAUGCAACCAACACAAAAAGUCAACACUCAUGGUCACUGAACUUUGUAGAUAUAAAAAAGCUCCAUAAAAAAUUCUCCCAUUUAAAUACAUUACAAUGCAUGAUGGGAAAAAUGCAAAACAAUCUCCACACUUAUCCCUGUUUGGCACAUUUUAGCUGUAGGAUAUUUCUGAAUGAUUACAAAACUUGAAAGAGGUUGUCACGGAAGUAAACAAGGUAGGAGUCAAACUUUCCACAUACUUUUAAUAUAUAAUUAUUAAUUAUAUAUCCAUUCUCAUACAAUUUAGAGAACAAGAUGUGUCUGGGGGCCGGUAUAUAUAUUUUUAGGAACACUAAUACGAAACCUCACAAUAAUGUCUGAUUAAAUGCUAAAAACAUUUUGACAGACCGCCUUAAAAAACGGAAUGGAAUUUUCAUUUUUUUUUACUGAAUGAGACACCCAGAAUGUACAUGAAAAUAAAGAAUGUAGGUUUUACAAUAUUAACUAUGAUCGAUAAAACGCUGAAUAUUGACAACAUAUGAACGCCAUACAUACUUGCCAACCCUCCCGGAUUUUCCGGGAGACUCCCGAAAUUCAGCGCCUCUCCCGAAAACCUCCAGUGACAAAUUUUCUCCCGAAAACCUCCCGAAAUUCAGGCGGAGCUGGAGGCCACGCCCCCUCCAGCUCCAUGCGGACCCGAGUGACGUGUCGACAUCCUGUUUUCACGUCCGCUUUCCUACAAUAAAAACAAAGUGCCUGCCCA